CACUCAGAAUAAUUCCAACGUCAGGAAUAGUCACUUUGACAUUCUGGAGCGGAUACACGUUUUCUUCAAUUGAUACACGGAUUGCAGAUCAAGUGACAUGCAUGCAAACAAAUACAAAUCGCAACGAGUAAAAAAAAUAGAUCUGGCAACCUGCAUUGAAAGUCGCAACUACAGGCUUGUCUUGGCAGCCAAGUAAAACGCCAAGUUGUCUGAUUAUGAACUUUGAUUGAAGGGAGCCUUCGUAAGGUAAUUCUGUUGAAUUUGACAAUGGAGACAUCUAGCAUGGACGCGAUGGUAGAUGAAUUACCAUGGGGACUGCUAACGGAUGGAAUUCUGUUGGUAAUCAUGUCCUACCUUGAUGCCAAAAGUCUCAUGUCUGCAGCUGAAACAUGUAAGCACUGGUACAGAAUAGCACAUGAUAACUCCCUGUGGAAAGUUUUGGUUUUCAAUAAGGUGGCCUCAAAAGACUUACAGAAACGAGUCCUUGAUAGGGCUAAAGAAGAGUUAAAACAUGGAGAACGUUUUAGGACCUGGAAGGAUGAGUUUGUUAGAAUGGAGGACGAGGCACCUCUUGUCCUCAGUGAAACUCUAGAAGGACACACAGAUGAGAUUUAUCAUAUCAAUUUCUCACCCAGUGGAAAUUUUUUCUCUACCACAGGCCGCGACGCCUCAGUGAGGGUAUGGAAAUUUGGUUACCCAUGUACCUUGUAUGCUGAGAAUACAGAUCUGGACUCCAUUCUGGUGUACACUCGAUUUUCCGACUUUAACGAAUCCGAAACUCUACUUUUGGUGGCUGGAAUUGCAAGCUACAUCAUGGGGGCUGACAGUUGCACUCUCAUACUUUCAUUGAAAGCAGGUUUGGAAAUUCUGUAUGCAGUAUCUGGAUCUAAUGCCAACUUCCGAGGCUGCUGGCUUGAUGACACAUCUUUUCUGAAUGGGAGUCACGAGUUUAUGCCUCCAGGACAUAGGUGCUUUCUCAUAAAGAAACACACCGUAACAGAACGUAGGAAAUCAGAUCAGAAAAUACAAGCAUUGAUAAAAAGAAUGGAUGGUAAAGGACAGGAUAUCAUGAUACUUGAUCCAUACUGCAGGAAUAAUGACUUCGCUAGAAUUGCCUAUCUCCCUACCCACUGCGUGCAGCAACCCAUGACACCUUCUGCAAAAACAAUAUCACCUUUAAGUGAACAGUUUCAAUACAUUGACUCAGAAGGGCCAGAUGAGAAUAGUGAAACAAUUUUAGAAUCUGAUGAUGGAGAGAUAAAGCCUGGGUCCAGCCAGGACUUCGACUCUCAGGCCAGCAGUUCAGCACAUGAAGAUUUCACACCUGUUUUGAUUCUGGCAAAUAACACAGAGGAAUAUCCUUCAACAGGAUUUUUAAGUUUUUAUAUAGUGCCUGAAAUGACAGAGCCAAGUCUUGAAGUUUGUAAAAAGUUCAACAGCGCAGAUGCUGAUAGUCCAGGUGGUUUAGUUGGUAUGCGACUGUCAUCUGAUAAGCGAUAUAUAGCAUUCAACUAUAGAAGCUGUAACAUGGAAGAUGGAGAAUAUGACCAUGGCUGCUAUGUCAAGAAUAUUGACCUCAAGGUGUUUGAUCUAUACAAUAUGUGUUUUACCGACAUCGUCUACAAGGGACACUCAGCCACCUCAGAGGAUCACUUGAGUUAUAUAUUCCCAGCAGUGUCAGACCACUACAUAGCCAGUGGGAGUGAAAUGGAGAGAGGCUUUUUGUGGGAUAGGCAUUUUGGCAACAUUCUAGGAGAACUGGAGCAUGCAGCACAACCAGGAAACGGAGGUGUCAACGCUACAGCAUUUCAUCCUCAUUCAGAGGAAGUACUCAUUACUCUUGGCGACGACAGGAAAAUAAAAGUCUGGCGAUCGAAGAGACUCUUACGUGAGCUUGAACAUAGUGGUGCACCCUUCAGUGUCCGUAACCAAACUUUCCACAAGAACAUAGGGCAGUACAAAGAUAGAGGUAAAGCUACAUCCAAAGGGGGCUCACUAGAUUUGGAUAUAGGUGUUGACCAAGCUGACGGUCUAGUUGAAGAUGACAUGGUAACCUGUUGUUUACGUAGAAAGAAAUCGAAGCAUUCCAAGAAAUAUUCAUAACCCUUCUGAGGAAUUUCCUGAGUAAAACAUUUACAAUUAUUGAUCAAGUUUUUCACCUUACAGCCUCAGGUGAACUGUAAAAUUGGCAGAGAACAGCCUCAUGCUUACAGACCAAUCUUUUUAUAUAGUAUAGCUGAUAACCAGAGUGUUGUCCAACAUUGCUUUUUUCAUAAAAAUGCAACUGAUGCCUAGAUUUUAAUAGUAGGAUUUUGUUUACAACAUACAUUGAGGUAGACUAUGACUGUGAGAUACAAGACUGUUGAAGCUUUAAGUCUGUACCUUAUUUUUUAAUGUAUACGUGAUAGUGAUGAAAAUGUUAUGAUUUAAAGUGACUUUCAACAGAGGAUUUGCUACCUUAUAUACAUCAUACAAAGUGAAAAUACAUUUUAUUUAAAACUGAUGUAAUUAGUAAUGACAGCAUAAAAAUGUGAUAUUAAGUGGAACUGUAUUCACAUAAAAAGUGUGAAUCAUGUUUGUAGAUACCAAAUAUAUUGCAUUUGAAUAAUGGAAUCAUAUGGUUCUGCUGAAUGUAAGAUUUUGAUUAGUUUAUUGUUUUCACUUCCAUCUAAUUAUGUUAGAUUCUCCAAAAAACUAAAUUUGAAGUUUGGAACCAAUACAAGUGUGCCAAGAUGUUCCUUCUGCUGUCCCUGGAUGUUGCAGAGGAUACUGUAGGUAUGUAGGGCAGUUGUAUGCAGAGGAUAAGAUAUGAUGAAACACACUGCAGUCAAUUCUUGUAAAGUCAGGAUUUCUGGGUUUCGAUGUAAUAAUCCUAAGUCUGGCCUUUUUUUUUUUUUUUUUACCUUGUGAAGUAAAUUUGUUGUGUUAAGUAAACUGUGGCACAGGUAUACAGCGUACCACUAGAGGUUGUGUGCAGUCAUAGUGGGCACUGCCAGAUCAAUGACCAAGGCGUACACGUGUGUAACUCAUGUCAGAGUUACCAGUACUGGUACCUCAUUUACACAGGCUAAAAUUAAUUCAUUAUUAGGAAAGUAUCAAAGUGAAAGUCUUGUUUUCAAACAUUUGAUAGUUAAUCCUGAAUUAUCCAGUAUCUAUACAUGACAAGUAUUCAGUAGGUUAUAACAAAAUUUACUAUAUUCUAAGUGCAAUAUGGAAGUUCUGAUCUAUAUCAGUUACUUUAAACGAAGGGGUUAAGUCUUAUAUACAAAUGUUAUUCAUACAUAGAUAGGAUGUUAGAUGUUGUCAGAAAUUAUCUGUGAUCCUAAGGAGUCUUUAUUAAGAAUAUCUAUAUUUUGAUUGAUGUGAUCAUUUUUUUGGGGCUGUGAUAGCUCAGGUGAUAGAGUGCUGGCCUACUCAACUG